AUGAGUGCACCGGUUGUCCUACUGCCUGGUGACGAGGUACCUCACGACCGCCUCCCCACCAAAAACUCCAACCCUCUACGACUGGGCCCUGGCCUUCGGCUCCUUUCACAGCCCUCAUCGAAAGCCGGUGAUUCCAAUCAUGUCUUAACGGCAACACAAGCAGGUCUUUUGACCACAGAUGCCAAGAGAAACACAGUCUCACUUCUUUCUUUCCCCAACCGCCGAUACAUCCCAACCACAAACGACCUGAUCAUCGCUCAAAUCCACCAUUCCAGCGUUGAUUUCUUCCACUGCAUAGUGACCCCCAACACAGCACAUGCCCUUUUGGGCCAACUAUCCUUCGAGGGCGCAACCAAGAAGACGAGGCCAAUGUUGAAGCAAGGCGAGCUAGUAUAUGCUCGAGUACAGUCUGUGGGAGUCGGCGCCGGCGCCGAAGUGGAGCUCACCUGUGUCAAUCCAGCAACUGGAAAGGCUGAUGGAGGUUUGGGUCCUUUGGCUGGUGGAAUGGUGUUUGAUGUCUCCACCGGCAUGGCUGCCAGGCUGAUCCGCGCAAGCUCUGCUUCCGCUGAUGAGACAGAUCCAGUCGACGGAUUGAUUAUUCUUGGUGAACUUGGAAGAAAGCUAGAGAGCCUGGGAGGGUUUGAACUUGCAGUCGGUCGCAAUGGGAAGGUGUGGGUGGAUUGCUCCAACGCUGGAGAGGGCUCCGUCUCUGUGACUGUUGCCAUUGGGCGUUGUCUGCAAGAGACUGAUCAACACAAUCUCCAUCCCCAUGAUCAAAAGAAACUGGUGACAAGAAUCCUGCGGGAUAUGAAGCUUGUAUCGUGA